AUGGUGGCUAAUCUGAGUUCUUUAAACAAGUCCACUGUUUGCAAGGUUGAUAAACCAAAGAAAGUACAUUUACCAAAUGUAAAUGUCACAUUAGUUGAAUUUAUUGGUUCAAGUGUCCUACCAAACAAUGACGUGAUCACUGGAGUUUUUCAAGAUAUCUCACAUGGAAGGGUUAAGAUAAUUGGUAAAGAAAAUGGAGGACUUUACAUAUUGCGAAGAAAUACAAGUUCAAGAGAUGUUGAUAUCGCAACUAGUUGUUCUAUUCCUUUACUAAGAAAGACAACAACAAGCAUGGUUCUGGUUCUUAUUUAUGUGGAUGACAUUCUGAUUACUGGAAGUAAUAUACUCAUAAUUGAAGAAACAAAGGAUCAUUUGAAGAAAGUUUUUAAGAUGAAAGACUUGGGGAGAGUUCAGGCAUCCUGUCCUCUAACAAGAAGAUCAAUAACUGGUUACUUUGUGCAGUAUGGAGGGUUUCUAGUUUCAUGGAAGUCAAAGAAGCAAACAAGUAUUUCUAGGAGUUCAGCUGAAGUUGAAUAUAGGAGUAUUGCUACUAUUGUGACAGAGAUUAUAUGGCUGAAAGGUUUAAUAAAGGAACUCAGCAUUGAAGUGCAACUGCCUAUCAACAUAUACAUUGAUAGCAAAGCUGUUAUGCAACUUGCAACAAAUCCAAUUUAUCAUGACAGAACCAAGCACAUUGAGAUUGAUUGUCAUUUCAUAAGAGAAAAAAUCACACAAGGAUUAGUUUCUACCAAGUACAUUCCUACACAAGAUCAACCAGCUGAUCAGCUCACUAAAGGACUUACAAAAGUACAGCUGCAACAUCUGAGCUCCAAGCUAGGAGUUCUGAACAUGUUCUCACUUCCUAUCUUGAGGGGGAGUGUUGAGAAUGAGAAGAAUGAACCAGUACAAUGUGUGAACCUGGUUCUUAUAUGUGUUUUCUAA